UUUCUCUCCACCGAUCAGUUUCACACAGUCACCCUCUCAGCACUCUCUAUCUAAAAGCGCCACUUUCUUCUCAACGUUUUCUCUCACUGGUCCUCAUGCGCUCAACAUUUUCGUUCUAACUGAAAUCCUCCUUAGCAGACACCAGUACCACUGCGUUUACAUUCUCCAUCUAAAGUCACAAACUUUCUCUCACUAAAACACCACCGGUACAAUCUGUUGUACGUAUCAACUCACACUUGUGAUUUGUUAAGAUUUUUGUUUUGUGGGAUUUUGGAAAAUGCUGAUAAUUGUGGCUUGCUGCUCGUAUUUCUCUUUCUGAAGUUUAGGAGAUUAUAUAAGGAACUACGUUGUUUUGGUCUGUUUUAUUGAGCAUUGAGUGUGUGUUUUGAGGUCUUGUUGGGGGGAAAAUGGAAAAAAAACAGGGGUUUUUCUCAGCGUUAAAGGAAGAGGUGGUAAGGGGGUUAUCGCCGGGGAGGUCACGGGUGAAGAGCUCGAGUCGGAGCGGGUCUCCCAUAACGGCUUUUCUUCGGAGGAAGAAGAGUGGUGGUAAUAGUAAUUAUGCGGAAACUGUGAUAGCGAGAUCGGGGAGCCUGAGGCCAGUAGGGGAGACACUAACGCCGCUGAUGGAGGGUCCGGAUCCGGACGGCGGAGACAUCGGAGAUUCGAAGCGGCAAGGGUCGGGGCUCGGGCAAUGGGUUCGCGGACAGCUAACUCGGAACCCAUCGGUUCCAGUAGGGGCGGCGGGUUCCAAUGGGAAUGGACACAACAAGAGGUCUGAUCUUAGACUAUUGCUUGGGGUCAUGGGUGCCCCUCUGGCCCCGGUUCACGUUAGCACCUCUGACCCACUGCCUCAUUUGAGCAUCAAAGACACUCCUAUUGAAACUUCGUCAGCCCAGUACAUAUUGCAACAGUAUACAGCUGCAUCAGGAGGCCAAAAGCUCCAGAAUUCAAUUAAGAAUGCUUAUGCAAUGGGAAAGUUGAAGAUGGUAGCUUCAGAGUUUGAAACUGCGACAAAGGUAGUGAAGAACAGGAAUGUGGCUAGAGCUGCAGAGUCUGGUGGGUUUGUUCUCUGGCAGAUGAAUCCUGACAUGUGGUAUGUGGAGCUUGCAGUUGGGGGAAGCAAAGUCCACGCUGGCUGCAACGGCAAACUCGUCUGGAGACAUACACCCUGGCUUGGUGCACACACUGCAAAGGGGCCAGUUAGGCCUUUGCGCCGUGCUCUUCAGGGUCUUGAUCCAAGAACCACUGCCAGCAUGUUUUCCAAUGCCAUUUGCAUUGGUGAGAAGAAGAUCAAUGGAGAUGACUGCUUCAUUCUGAAGCUCUCUGCUGAUCCACAAACAUUGGGAGCCAGGAGUGAGGGACCAGCUGAGAUCAUAAGGCAUGUCUUGUUUGGCUACUUCAGCCAGAAGACGGGACUUCUUGUUCACAUGGAGGAUUCGCAUCUCACCCGCAUCCAAUCUGACGGAGGUGAUGCAGUAUACUGGGAGACGACCAUCAAUUCGUACCUAGAUGAUUACCGGUCCGUGGAAGGAAUCAUGAUUGCCCACUCUGGUCGAUCCAUUGUUACACUUUUCCGGUUUGGAGAGAUGGCAAUGAGCCAUACAAAAACAAGGAUGGAAGAAGCUUGGACAAUCGAAGAGGUCGCUUUCAACAUUCCUGGCCUAUCAAUGGACUGUUUUAUUCCACCAGCUGACCUGAGAUCGGGAUCCAUCAGUGAAGCAUGCGAACUCCCUCAGGAUGAAAGGGGAAAGUCAGCAAUUGCCCUCACAGCUUCCCGAGCUAAGGUUGCAGCAGUGGAAAGAACUCAAGAUGGUAGCAUUGAUAGCGUCAUCUGGAAGGUGGAAGUCUAACCAAGUCGGACCAACUUACAGCAAUUUGUUUAUACUCGGUAGGCAGUCACUUAUCGACUAACAUAGUAGAAAUUGCAAAUUAGGAACUCAACUGAUUGAGGAAUUUAAUCAUUCAAAGAUUCCUGCCGAGCUCGAUGAUUAUAUGAGUCCAACUAAGGGGUUGGAGCUCUUUUUUCGUAGAAACAGAUCAAGGAGAUGGACGUUAACUUUUAGUAACUCUCAGAGUUGGAUGAAGGUGGUGAAGCUUAAGUAUUAGUAUUAGCCAAACCAUAACCUUUUUUUUUUCUUGUUUUAAGUUAUUCUACUAACUUCUUUCCUGCCUAAAUGUAUACAAAUAUGGCAGUUAGUAGAGGAAACACUGCAUCAUGGGUUUGAUGGUAGUGUUUCAGUUCUUUAGAUUUAAUUUGUGUGCCAUUUUUUUUCCUUAUGUUUGUUUGAUUGUUCAAGUUUUUUCAUGGGAUUUUCUGGAGCUUAGGGGAAAAGGCAAUAUAGAAGAGAAAGUCUUUGUUAAGUUAGUUUUGCUACCAAAUUCAUAUCUGAAUGGUCUUAUGGUUGUAAUUGGUUUCUUGUCAGCAAUUUGAAGAAAAUAUAUGGUCUAAAUCUCUUCCUUUAA